UUGACAUUGAGUUCUUAGGUAUUGAGGAACCAGUAGCUAUGUUGCACCUAUUUGUAAUUGCCCUUCCCUUCCUCAUCUUCACAAUCUUCCUCAUCAAAAGGCUUACAGAUACACCAAAACACAAAAACCUGCCUCCUUCACCACCAAGUCUACCAAUACUUGGAAACCUCCACCAACUAGGCACUUACCCUCACCGAUCCCUACAACGACUAGCUCAGCACUAUGGUGAACUCAUGGUGCUUCGUUUUGGUAUGCAACCAGUGCUCGUAGUUUCUUCUGCAGAUGCUGCUCGUGAGAUCAUGAAAACAAAUGAUAUCAUCUUCUCUAACAGACCCAGAUCAACCAUUGCAGAUAAACUUUUGUAUGAAGCUAAGAGUGUGUCGUCAGCUCCUUAUGGUGAGUAUUGGAGGCAAAUGAGAAGCAUCUGCGUACUCCAACUUUUAAGUAACAAAAGGGUUCAGUCUUUUCGAGCAGUAAGAGAAGAAGAACUAGCCUUGCUGACUGAGAAAGUGAAACAGUCUUCUCUGUUGUCAUUGCCUGUGAAGUUGAGUGAGUUGUUUGCUUCACUAACUAAUGAUGUGAUUUGUAGGGUGGCUUUUGGGAAAAAGUAUGGUGGAGAUGAAGGUGCAAGGAAAUUUAAGAAGUUGCUUGGGGAGUUUAUGAUCUUGUUGGGUGGUUUUUAUGUAGGGGAUUUUAUUCCAUGGCUUGGUUGGGUUAGUCAAAUUAAUGGUUUAGAUGCAAGAGUGGAGAAAGUUGCUAAGGAGUUUGAUGAGUUUCUGGAUUGUGUAGUUGAUGAGCAUAUGUGUACUCUUAACAUGAAAGGAGAGAGCUGUGGUGAUAAUAAUAUGAGUGUUGAAAGUGAAGAUGGGAAGGAUCUUGUGCAUGUUCUGCUUGAAAUUCAAAAGCAAAACAAGGCUGGCUCUUCCAUUGAUAGGGAUAGCAUCAAAGGUAUCAUUUUGGAUAUUUUUGGUGGUGGAACUGAUACUAGCUACACAGUUCUAGAGUGGGCAAUGACCGAACUCUUAAGGCAUCCGAGAGUCUUGAAAAAACUGCAAGAUGAGAUGAUGGGAAUUGCUAAUGGCAAAGCAGACAUAACCGAGGGCGAUUUAGAUAAAUUUCCUUACUUAAAAGCAGUGAUCAAAGAAACACUUCGAUUGUAUCCUCCAAUACCGUUACUGGUUCCUCGCGAAUCAACUCAAGAGGCUAAAAUAAAGGGCUAUGACAUAGCAGCAAGAACCAUGGUCCUGAUCAAUGCUUGGACAAUUGGAAGAGACCCCUCAAUGUGGGAUGAACCAGAGGAGUUUAAACCAGAGAGGUUUUUGAACUCUUCUGUAGAUUUCAAAGGGCAUGACUUCCAAUUAAUCCCAUUUGGAGCUGGAAGAAGGGGCUGUCCAGGAUCCUUGUUUGCCAUGAUCACUAAUGAGAUUGUAUUAGCAAAUCUUGUGCACAAGUUUGACUGGACAUUGCCCGGUGGAGCAAGAGCUGAGGAUAUAAGCAUGACAGAAUGUACUGGCCUUGUCAUCCACAGAAAAGCUCCUCUUGUAGCUAUGGCAGCGCCAAGGUUUUCUGAGAAUUCCUGCUUUCCCAUUUUAUGAUUGUGAAGGCCUUUCUGCAGUGUCACCUCAAAGUUUCAUAACAGAAGCCCAAAGGAAGCAUAAGAUCAUGAAAUGCUGAGUCAUGCUUAGCCUAUAUAAAAUGAUUCUUUAUAUUGUUCCUUGAUAAAAAAAUAAAUUAAAUGAUAGGAAUUUAGACUGUCGCCCUUAGAUAAGAUGUAUUUUCCGUUAAACUUGGAUGUUAGAUUGGAUUUUGAUUUUAAAGUCUUUUGGAUCCACACGAA